AUUUCAUUUUCAGAUCCUAAUCAAAGUGAUCCCAAGGAAAUUCCAGGUUCAUGCAGGGAGGCUGCUGUAGAGUACUCAAAACAUGUAGAAAAAUUGGGAAAUAUCCUAUUUGAAAUUUUUUCAGUGGCUCUUGGACUCGACCCUGGGCAUCUAAGAAACAUGGACUGCUCUAAAGGACACCGCCUUCACGGUCACUAUUAUCCAGCAUGUCCUGAGCCAGAACUGACUCUGGGAAUCCCAAAGCACAGAGAUGCUGGAUUCCUCACCAUUCUUCUCCAAAAUCAAAGUGGCCUCCAGAUUUUCUUCCAAAACCAAUGGGUUGACGUUCAACCCAUUCCGGGAGGGCUAGUAAUUAACAUUGGGGAUCUUCUCCAGCUCGUAUCAAAUGGAAAAUUCAGAAGCAAUAACCAUAGAGUGCUUGCUGAUCAUCUGGGGCCAAGAAUUUCUGUGGCAUGCUUUUUCUCGGGACCUUUAGGCAUGGAAAAUAUUUCUUAUGGCCCCAUUAAAGAGUUGAUAUCAGAAGAAAAUCCUCCCAUAUACAAAGAAGUACUAUUUAGUGAUUAUGUAAUGAAGUUUUUAACUAGUUCUCUUGAUGAGAAUAAUCUUCUCAAUUAUUUCAAAGCAUGAAGAUGGCAAGGGAAGAAGUACUCUUUCUCAGCUGCACUUGUGAAUGACCUGUUUCAAGAGACAAGACAGAUUGUGAAUUAUGGAAUGUAAUGUCAUUUAUCUUCAUUAGAGAUAAUCAUCAUGUUAUCAUGUCACAUGCUACAUAGACGAAUGAUCAUCUCCUAUGAGAUAAAUAUAUAUGUAAGAAUUUCGGGUUUAAUAAAUGCAUGAUAAUGGACAUAUUUUUGUAAAAUGCGAAAAAUAAGCAUGUAAUGUAGGGAAUAAAAUGAUUCAGGGGUUCCGGUUCCUUUUUUAUA